UAUUUUCAAAGAUUUUGAAGCGUAUUCAACUUCCAAUCCUUUCCUUUUUCUUCUCCAAUACCUUCCUUCAUGAUUCUUCAUCUUCAAAUCAUUGUUGCGGAAAUUGGGGAAAGUUAUGUUUGGGUUUUUGAAGAACAUCCAUUAAUGGCAGACGGAACAACACCUAAUAGGGUUACUCGAGCCUCUGCCGAUAAAAUGGCUGCUGAAAGGCGUUCCAAGAAUAUUCAUGAUCCUCGAAGAGUUCAAAAUCCCCCAAUUGCAAAAUCUUCAAAGAAAAUAGAUUCGGCUACAGUCACGAAGAGGAGAAAAACUACUGAUAUUGUUCCGGGAAGCAAGGGGAAACAAGUCGUAGAGGCUGAAGCGGAAGAAGAGCAAUUACCUGCGAAGAAACAGGUAUUUCUUUGAAUAUAUGUGGUUUUUAUGUUAAUAAAUGUAUGUGUAGCUAAAAUGUAUUUCAAUCUCUACUAUUACUGAUGUUCAAUUCCUGGGACUUUGAUCUUUUAACGAAUCAUGUGUUUUGACACAUGUAUAGAUGUGUUCUUGAACA